AUGGAUCUAGCGAGUAGAUAUGAGAAGGUAUCUCUAAUCGGGAAAGGGAGUUUCGGCGACGUAUGGAAGGGGAUCGACCAGGAGACGGGCGCGGAGGUCGCGAUCAAGAUCAUCGACAUGGAGGACGUGGAGGACGAUCUCGAGGACCUGAUGAAGGAGAUCGACAUUCUCGCGCGCUCCAAGUCGAAGAACAUCACCGAGUACAUGCACUCCUUCAAUGUGCCCGGGACGUCGCAGCUGUGGAUCAUCAUGCAGCUCAUGGCGUGCUCCGCGCUCGACAUGAUCCAGGAGGAGCCCCUCGACGAGCCCGCCAUCGCGUUCGUCGUCCGGGAGGUCCUCAACGCCCUGGACUACCUGCACAGCCAGCAUCGCAUACACCGAGACAUCAAGGCCGCGAACGUCCUCCUCACGCCCUCCGGAGAGGUGAAAAUCACGGACUUCGGCGUCAGCGGCACGCUCACCAACACGCUGUCGUACAAGCGCAAGACCUUCGUCGGCACGCCGUUCUGGAUGGCGCCCGAGGUCAUUCAGGCGGCCAACGGCGAGGCCGAAGGCUACACGGAAGCAGCCGACAUCUGGUCGCUAGGUAUCACGGCGUACGAGCUCGCGACGGGGCAGCCGCCGCACGCCUCGCUGCACCCGAUGCGCGCGCUCUUCCUGAUCCCGAAGGGCGACCCGCCCCAACUCUCCGGGCCCUACUCGGAUGGUUUUAAGGACUUCAUGAAACAGUGUCUGCAAAAGGAGGCCGAGAAGCGGCCGAGCGCGCAGGACCUCCUGCAGCACCGGUUCCUCCUGAAAGCGUCGUGCCCGCCGUCGCUCGUCCGGCGCGUCGUGGAGACGCAGCAGGCGAUGGCGAAGCGGCCGCGGCUGUUGCAGCCGGUGACGAGCACGGUGGCGGCGGGGAGCAAGGGGACGCUGCCGCAGUGGCAGUUCGAGACGCCCGCGCUCGCGACGCAGCAGGCGGAGCCCGCCGGCGCCGCGGCGUCGGGCCCGUCGGUCGCGGACGGGCGCGCGUCGCACCAGGAGGCCGGGAGUCGGGGGGGGACGUCGGUGGGCGAGGAGGACGCGGUGAGCGACAAGUACGGCCGGACGCUCGACGACCUGCGCGCGCGCGCGGAGCAGGGCUCGCUGACGUCGCGGCAGACCGGGAGCGUGACGGGCGGGCAGUCGUCUGGGCGCGGCGGCGGCGGCGGCGGCGGCGGCGGGGGGGGGUUCGUCGGGUUCGUCGGCAGCGCGUUCAAGUCGGUGAUGGGCGCGGUCGGCGGCGGCGGGCGCGGCGGCGGCGACGGCGGCGACGGCGGCGCGAACCCCGGCGCGGUGUGGCGGGCGUACGAGAACGCCGGGCGGCGCACGGUGCACGAGUUCCCGGCGACCGCGGCGCCGAUCGACGCGAUCCUUGGGGCGUUCGCGGACAUGGAGGACGACAUUCCCGGGGCGUGCGAGUGCUUCGCGGUGGCUCUGCUGGAACAGAGCGUGACGCUGGGGCACGGUUCGGCGAUGCGCGCGACGCUGGACCGGAUCCUGGAGCAGCAGGGCGCGGGGCGGAGCGGGAGGGACGCCGGGAGCGCGCGCGGCGGCGAGCUGAGCUCGGGCGGCUCGGACGGGCCGCCGGGCGCGUCGGCGCGCGGCGAGGUGCCGGACCUGGGGGCGCUGGGGCGGUAUCUGCUGACGCGGUGGGGGGAGGAGUUGGGGAAGGACCCUGACGAGGAGGAUUGA